AUGGCUAAUUGGACGAGUUUUGGGGAUCGGAUGCUGAAUUUCCACCGGUCAAUGCUAAAAUCAUGGUGCAAUUGUUCCGGUUUGAAGAGCUUCCAAUACUCCAGUACCCGUCGUGGCGGCGGCUUGCUCCUUGGGGGCGGAUGCUUAAAAAAAGCUGCGCACUUUUCGCCGAUGGGGCGGCGACACUGUUCUUCUUCUCCAACUCCUCCACCUGUAAGUACCCCAUCACCACUGCUUUUUGUACCUCCCGGGGUUAGUGUUGUUGAUCAGAAAAAUUCAGAUGAGUACUCGGACAAGGACUAUUUUCAUUUCUUCAGCCUUUCGGAACAGAGCCAAUUUAGGGUUCCGAAGAGUCUUAGGAUUCCGUGGCAGAGGGACCUCCUAACGCCUGACGCCGCCCCAUGUGUGGGCUCUUCUCAUGGCUGGCUGGCCUUUAACCACCCUCGCAAUUGCCACCCUUAUCUCUACAACCCCUUAAUGGACACUCCUGAUUUCCCCUACGUUCCCCUCCCCUCCGUCGAAACCCUCCCCUCCGUCGCCGCCGUUCGCCUCCUCAAAUCCGAUCACCUCUCCCCUUCCCCUCCUCUCAUCAAACAGUUCCUAAUCUUUCUCCACGACAACGAGCGCAAUGUCUCCACCGAGGACAUCAGUCAUUUUUACGUUCGGAGGCUUGUUAUGUCAUCACCCCCAUCGCUCCCCUGUUAUUCUUCAUCACCCUGCGGAAAUGAUUGCACCAUCAUGGCCAUCCACAGCGCAUCCGAGGAUAUUGCCUUCUGCAAACCCGGCGACCAUAGCUGGACCACCUUGGACACUUCCGUCGGACCUUAUAUUGACAUCAUAUAUUUCAGCAAGGAUCAGCGAUUUUAUGCCAUGAGAUCAUAUCUCAGCAUUGAAGCUUGGGACCUCACAGACCCUUCUUGUCCCAAAAAACAUGUGUUUGAUAAUCCUCUCUUUUGUCCAGGGAAGUUUGAGGAGGGAAAAAUUGCGGAAUCUUAUAAUUGUGACGAGACAGAUUAUUUAGUUGAAUCCUCCGGGGAUCUUUUGCUGGUUUCUAGGUUUAUAGCUGUAAGUGUUACUGAAAAUGGCAUUCCGCAUCCCCGCAGGUUGGAAAAGAAAAUAGAGAAUAACAAUGGCGAACGAGAAAAUUGUUUCCUUCACGACGAUGAUGCUUAUUGGACUCUGGGAUUUGAUGUUCAUAGGUUCGAUUUUGAUCACAAUAAGUGGGAACCUGUGGAAUGCUUAGGUGAUCGGGCAUUGUUUGUGGGUUCUAAUAAUUCUUUUUCUCUCUCUACUCUCAAUCAUCCGGAGCUGAUGGGGAAUUCUAUAUACUUCACAGAUGAUUACUUUGAUGGAUUUAACAAAAUAUACAGGGGUCAUGAUAAUGGCGUCUUUCACUUAGAGGAUCACUGCAUAAAGCCAUCUUAUCCAAGAAGGUUGAAGAUCAUUGACCCACAUCCAGUUUGGAUUGCCCCCAGCACAAUGUAG